AUGGUCCUUCUAUUACAAGCUGCUUUUUUGCCUCGUCUUGUUUAUUUUUUGAGAACAUCCCCUCUGUUGGAUGUUUCGAUCCUCAAUAGUUUUGACGAUCACCUCCGUGACGCAUUCCAGUCCAUCUUCAACAUAGAACUCGAUCAAAAAAAUUGGUUGCAGGGGACGCUGCCUAUAUGUGUUGGUGGCCUGGGUUUGGGUUCCGCGGCUGAGCUGGCACCUUUUGCCUUUUUGGCUUCUGCUGCUGCCACGGUGGCCCUCCAGGAUUUGAUGUUGCCGAGGGAUGGGAUUUAUGUCGAUAACUUCAGAAUGCAAGUAUACGACAUGUGGCGCGCCACCAACGGAGAUGUGGUUGCGCUCGAAAACCCCUCGCAAAAACACUGGAUCGCCCCCUGUCUUAAUAGAUCAGUUGAUCGAUGGCUGCAACUGAAUGGCUCUACUUUUGACAAGGCUAGAAUUAUGGCUGCUGGUAUCCCGGUUAUAAAAGAACCCAUGGGUUUAAUAGAGGAAGGAGCCUUUAGGCCAGAUGGUUACACUAUCACUCCAUGGGCUCAGGGACGGUCCCUGGCUUGGGACGUUACCUUACCCCACACUAUGGCUGACCGAUAUAUCGUCUACACUUCAGUUGAGAUGAAUGUCAGGACUGUUUCCCCAAAUUACGUUGCAGUAGAUGAGGUGAGGAAAGAUUAA